CUUGGCAUCCUUUCCAGAACUUCAUCCACUCACAAAAGCAAGACUUGAAACAUCACCAAAAGGCAAGAACACCCACCAAAGCCAAGAAUAAAAAGGAAAAAAAUGGCCAAGAAAAUGAUUGCAUUGUUCUUGAUGUGCAUUGUUGUGGUAGCUGCUUUGCAAUUUGCCAGUGCCAACAAGGAGGAUGAAGUGGCCAAAUAUGAGGCCAAAUUUGAUGCCAAAUACAAGUCUUGCUUUAAAACCUGUGAGAAGGAAUGUCUAGAAAAUGGCAGUGGCCAAAGCUAUUGUGAAGUUAAAUGUGACGAAGAUUGCAAUGAAAAAGAAGUUGCUGAUAAGCUACACAUUGAAUUGCAUUGAAUAAGGAGAAACAAAAGGAAAGAAGACCUCUCUUGAGAAAGAAGGAUCUAGCAAUACUAUAUCAAAAUCAAACUUGUGAUUUGAUUUUAAUAUUAAAAUCCAUAAAGUUCUUGGCCUUUGGUGUUAUCAAUAUGUGAAUUGACCAUUUUGUCAUUCUGAUCGAGCCUUAUUUUUAUUCCAAAAAAAGUUUAUAUUUAUAAUUGUGUUCAUCAAA